AUGUCUGCGCCAACAGGAAGCGGGGGCUGGGCCCAGCUGCGGCAGCAGGCCCGGACGCUGGAGACUCAGACGGAGACGCUUUUCCACACGUACUCGCAGUUCUCGACGGCCGCCAACAUACCGCCGAAGCCGACCGACCAGGAGCGAGAAACCGAAGCCAAGAUCCAGGAGCUGCUGGAAAAGCGCGAGUCGGUCGUCUCGCAGCUCGCGCGGCUGCUCGACUCGGAGGCCAGCCUCACCUCAUCCGCGCUCAAGCAGAACAACCUCUCGCUGCUGCGGGAGAAGCUGGCGGCGCACCGGCGCGACCUGGGCCGGCUGCGCGGGACGCUGCAACAGGCGCGCGACCGAGCCAACCUGCUGACCAACGUGCGGUCCGACAUCGACCAGUACCGCGCCAACAACCCGGAGGCGGCCGAGGCCGAGUACAUGAUCGACGAGCGGCGGCGCAUCGACAACAGCCAUGGCAUGGCCGACAGCGUGCUGAGCCAGGCGUACGCCGUCAACGACAGCUUCGUCCUGCAGCGCGAGACCCUGUCGAGCAUCAACCGCCGCAUCACCCUGGCGGCGAGCAAGGUGCCGGGUAUCAACACGCUCAUCGGGAGAAUAUCCGCCAAGAAGAGGAGGGACGGCAUCAUCAUGGGUUGCUUCAUUGCCCUUUGCUUCAUCGUAUUUUGGUGGCUGCUAUAA